AUGUUCCCGAGGGGGCCCUUAGGGGCUGAUGCCAUACCAGGCGAGGCUCCUACCUUCCUUGGAGCCUUCGUACUCGGCAUAACGUUCGACCACAUUACUACAGACGAUCUGGCGGCAUCGGCCGAAGUGAGCAAGGAGAUUAAGACGGCUUGUGAUGGCUUCGCAGAGCACAUCACUCAGGCAGCACUUUCAGAUGAAUGGGACUCCUUUAGAGGGCAGUUCAAGUAG